ACACGGCACGCCUCCCCCGCCUCCGCCAUCAAAACCAUCUCCAAAACCCCACUCCGCAAUGAGACCCGCAGCCGCAGCAGCCACCGCCACCGCCGCCGCGCUCCGCCUCCGCGCCGCCGCCGCCUCUCUCUCGCCCCCAGCCACCGCUCUCCUCACCCACCGCCGAGCCGCCCUCCUCCUCCCCCCUCUGCGCCACCUCUGCUCCCCCGCCCCUCCCCGCGCCUCCGCCACCCCCGACUCCCAGCUCCCGCCGCGGCUGCCCUCUCCCGUCAUGGACGCGCAGUUCGUGUCCUUCCGCGCGCAGCUUGACGAGUCCUCCACCCUCCGCGACCGCAUCCGCACCGUCGUAUCCGAGAUCGAGUCUGCGUCUCGCGUCGCCACCGCUGCGCUCCUCCUCGUCCACCAGCCCGUCCCCCUCGAAGAUGUGCUCGGGAAGGCGAAGGCGCAGGUGGAGGUAAUCAAGGGGCUGUACGCGCAGCUGGCGGAGGUCCUCAAGGAGUGCCCCGGCCAGUACUACAGGUACCACGGUGAUUGGAGGUCCGAGACGCAGGCGGUGGUGUCGAUGCUCGCAUUCAUGCACUGGCUGGAGACUGGCGGGCUACUAAUGCACGCUGAGGCCCAGGAGAAGCUAGGGUUGAGCUCUGGGGAGUUUUGCCUUGAUGUUGAGGACUAUCUGACAGGAUUGUGCUUCAUGUCCAACGAAUUUCCUAGAUUUGUUGUAAAUCGCGUCACUGCUGGAGACUACGACUGUCCAAGAAAGGUUUUGAGCUUCUUGACUGAUCUUCAUGCUUCGUUUAGGAUGCUGAACCUGCGCAAUGACUUCCUGCGCAAGAAAUUUGAUGGGAUGAAGUAUGAUUUGAGGAGGGUGGAGGAGGUCUACUAUGAUGUGAAGAUCCGUGGACUUGCACCAGCAGAGUCGAAACAAGAGGUAGCUCAGUCGUAGAAUCCUGGGUAGUGUUAACGUACUUUGUAGUGAUUUCGAGGGCACCCGCACUCCCAUCUGACUCCCAUAUCUGGAAGUCAUGUGCCAGAUAUUUCUCAAAGGGAAGUGCCUGAUAUAUGAAAAUCUGUUUUCUUUCUUUCCCCCUUUUUUUCCCCUUGAUUGCACGGGCUGGGCCAAUUAAAUAUUUGGUCCACUUAUUAUAUUUGUUGGGAUGCAAAUC